UAAAAUAAAGCAAGAAGAAGCAGCAGUGAAAUGAUGUCAUUGAUAGUUGAAGUUUGUUUCCUCUGGUUGUUUCGUGAUCAUCCCUAUCUUUUUUUUCUAGACUGUUACUAAAAUGUCUUCGGCGACGACAUUUUCAGGUAAAGACUCACACAAGCAUGUAAGGACAAAGACCAACCCAGGAUUUUUGCAACGAUUAAGUGACACGGCAGGAGGAACGUUUGUUGGCGUUGGACUGUUUUUCCUUUCCAUAUAUAUUCUCUUCACCAAUGAGGGACGGGCUGUGCAGACUGCGUCCUCCCUGAAUGAAGGGCUCGCUCAAGUCGUGUCGCUGGACACUUUUGCCAGCCUCGACCCGCAGAACGACAACAGCUUGGUUCAUUUGUCUGCACCUUUGCGUCCCUCAAAGGUAGACCUGACUCCAUCACUCUUCAUUAUUAUUACUAUUAAAACUCCCAACAUCAGUUAGGCCAGUCAUUCUUAC